GACCAUAAUCUAACCUAAAUUGGCUCACAGUGCGUCAUAAUUAGUUAACGUCAUAUAAUAUUCGGAUGGGAUCUGUGUCAUGUAUUUCAGCGUACGCCACUGGUAAAAUAGGGUAAAAAUGAAGGGAACAAAAAUAGUGGGAAAUGAUAAGUUUAUAACCUAUAUGUUUAAACGUCUUGUCGCCUAUUAAUUAAAUAUAAGAAAUUUAAUAAUUUGAAUGUAUUGGCAUUGCCAAAAAGAUGAAAAUCCACUGUACUGUUUGCAUAGUAAAUCGGUGCUUGCCGAAUUUACCUGGCAAUCUAAGGAAAAAGCCGUGCAAGUCCACUCUUGCAUUAUGUAAACAUCCAAAUAGUGAAGAGUUUUGUUUUAUCCUGUUCUCUGGUCAGAACAAAAACGGCACCAAAUACCCGUUAAGAAACAAUAUCAAACAAGUCCUAACUCGGUUUGUUGCGGAAGGAAAGUGCACUAUUCAGAUCAAGAAACCAGAACACGAUUUAUGUAUACAAGGGGACCCCAUUCAGGUUAAAGGAUUUCUGCAUCUUGUGAAGCGAGCUUUGGAAGGAAAAGUGUCUCCUAAGGAACUUACAUUUUCCAGUAUGAACGUAAUGCCAGUUAAAGCCAAAGACAUCGCUCCCACAAAGUUGGUCAUUUCUAAAAGGUCUGAUUAUCCUACGAAAGGCUUCCCACGCACAUUGGAAACACUGUAUAUUAUAGACAUUCAACGCUGCAGUUUAGACAAAGGAAUUCUACAUUUGAACAAACUAAAGAUUCUCAAUUUAAGUAAUAAUCGAAUCGAGAACUUACCAGAAGAGCUGAACAAGCUUUCUAACUUAAGGGAGUUGAACAUAUCGCAUAACUUAUUAGGUAGAACGUCAGUUAAACAGUGGCAUUGGAUUGGAGGGUGUCUAUCAAAAAACUUAAACCUACUGGAUUUGAGCUACAACAAUCUUAGUUGUGUGCCAGAUCAACUGGUGAAGCUGUACAGUCUUCACACUCUACAUCUUAGUUAUAAUAACCUUGUGGCAUUACCUGUAGGAAUUGGGAGCUUAAAGCAAUUAAAAAUAUUUUCUGCGUCUAACAAUUCCCUCACCAUUUUACCGGGAACUAUUAAAAAAUUAAGAUUGCAAAGCAUUGAUAUAUCCGGAAAUAAGUUUGAACAAAGCAUAUCAAAUGCGGCUGGCAUUUUCCCUAAAACGCUGCAAGUUUGCUCAUUAAAGGAAUGUUCAGCUAAGAAAGUGUUAUGGGCAAGAAUUUCAUACCCAAAAGGUUCAAUUCCUCUGACUCUGGCUGACUACUUGGACUAUGCAAAGUAUUGCGUUUGUGGUAAAGCAUGUUUUACUGUCUUUUUUAGACAAACACAUAACUUGCUGCUGGCGAAUAUAUCGGAAACUGUUAACACUAGUGCAAAUGAAGCAGUUCAUGUUCCGAUUGACUGCUACUUUUGCAGCUUGAGAUGCUUCAGUUUAGCAUUCUACAGUAGGAAUCGGAAUCCCAUUGUCAGAUAGGACGCGGUUGAUUUUAGUUAAAAUUGUAUUGUUGAUAUUCUUCAUGUUACAAAAAUGCUGUUUGAUCUUUUAAUUUUAGUUACUACUUGUGAAAAAUAACAAGGACCAAAUUUAGUUUUUAAAAUGGUUUGAAAUCAGUUAUUGCAAGAAUACAACAAUGCUUUUAAUUAAAAUCAUGUUGAAUACAUUUUUUUGAAUACAAUUUUUGCAUUCAGGCAGAAUCAUCAAUGGAAACUGUGUGGGUUUGAUGAGGAUAAAGACCAAUGUUUCACAUUGGCCUACAUUUGUAUUGUAGGUACAUUGAAAGCAAAAAGUCUUUGCUGAAAGUAUGUACAUUUGGAAAAUGAAAAUUAGUUUAUUAUAUUUAUAUUUAUAUAUGCACGGGUUUUACUCCCAAGAUAUGUGCGAGUUGUGCUAAAAUAGGUCAAAUAGUUGUAUACAAUUUCUAUUAAAUCUGCUGGUUCUCUCAUUGUAAAUUUUAAUAUAAGUAUUUUUGAAUUUUUAAAAUCUUUUCGAUCUCAACCUAUAGGUAUUCCCUUCGAAUUAUAUGAGUUUCAGGUUUGAUAAUUUAAGGGAUAUACAAAUACAGUACAAAUGCAAUAAAUAUUAAAAUGGGAAGAAGCUACUACACGAACUAAAUAAUCUUAUAAAAUAGUAAUAGGAUCUAACUGAAUGGUUUUUCUCCUAUCUCAAUUAUUUGUUAAUAAUUAAUAUCGGCUAAUAUUGUCGAAAAUUACUGGUAACGGAAUGCGUGACUUGUCAAAGAUGAUUGGACUUCAAAUCUCAAAAGCAAUGUGAACAUUUUAAUUAAGAAUGAAUAUUUCCGUGUCUCUGUAAUGACCACUAAGGGACUACAUGCGGUAUUAAGAAAUCUUCAUUGGCUUGUUGACUUCCGGACUCAUUCGCAGGCAAAUGGACAUCGAUUUCAGCUGAAGUGAGUUAUCCAACUAUGCAAAAAGUUAUUAAAUUUGACGAAGUUCUGGAGUUUAAGUUCAUGGGCCAACCUCUGUUAACGUAUAGCUCCGUCACUACCAAUCCACAGAACAAGGGCGUGAUGCAUCUUGAAAAUGGGUUUCUCAGAGUGGAUGAAGACCAGUGCACUCUGGCAUUUCUCACAGCUAUGAAUUUUGGACUUGCUUCUCUAGAAGAAGGUUACGUAAAAGGCAAUACAGUCGUUUUAGCCUCGGCAUGUUUAGGAAUUAUGAAAUUUGCUAAACAGAGCAUUUUAGCAAUUCAUCGAUGUUACAGACUCAACGAUAAAGGGGAAUUAGAGUAUACCCUGCUUAUGGAAACACCACAAACUCCUCUAACAUUGCACGUAGAAGCCGUUUAUCGCAAAGAAUGCACUGAGAGCGCAGACAAAAAAAUAUCAAAUAAUGAUAAAAAAAAAUAACUAGAUAAAGUCAAAAAAGAA